CCCUAACCCAGACACAGUCAUAACCCCAACAAGUGAGUGAAAGUGAAAGUUGUAAAAUAAGUGUUCUCGUGACUAUAAUCUUCCUGUCGAAGUAAACGUCGCUCUAUACGAACGCGCAACGAGCUAUCCAUCGUGCGGGAAACGGGUGCGAGUAGUACGAGUAAAGUGAAAAAUUAGCACUUUCGUACGGAUUAAUUUACCGACUACAGAGAAAAUGAUGGAAUUCCUAAUCAAUUUCUACGAGAACGCCGGAAUCGUUAGCGGCAACGAAGUGCAAAUGAACAGUUUGACGAGCAUACGACGAAAUUUUGCCGUAGAGGACGUUAAUCACUCCAGCAUUUGGGGCGCCGGCAAUUCAACAUUGCACAUGAUAGCCAUGCACGGCAGCAUGGAGGUAGCUAAACUGCAGCUGUUGAGCGGUGCUAAUCCAAAUUUGGCUAAUGCAGAGGGUUCAACACCCUUACAUCUCGUCUGCGAACGAACGAACGUCGGCGAAUGGUUACAAAUGUUUUUAGAACUCACCCACGACAAGUAUCGGCCGCUGCAGAUCAACACCCAGAAUAUGCUGGGCAACACAGCACUGCACUUGCUUUUGUGCUACGGUCAUACGGAAGCCGCGGAGUUACUGUUGAGACUAGGCGCUGACGUAAAUGUGGCCAACGUGGAGGGACAGACGUCUUUGCAUUUGAUUUGUAAAAUCGGAUACGGAGAAGACUUCAUCGCGCUCUUCUUUAGUUUCUGCGACGAGACAAAUCAGACGGUGGAAGUCAAUGCACGUGACAGAGACGGUAACACGCCAUUGCACUUGGCGUUGAGAUUCGGGCUUUCGAGCGUCAAGAAAGUGACCAAAUUGCUGCUGGACAGAGGCGCGAAUCCCAGCGCGGCCAAUAACGACGGAUCCACGCCUCUACACUACAUUUGCGAGAACUACCGUCACAACGAUUUGCUGGAGAUGUUCUUGACGAAGACCCAAGGAAAAGAACCGUUGGUAGAGAUCGACGCUCGAGACAAUAGAGGCGAAACACCUUUACACUUGGCCCUGCGAUGUAACAACAUGGCCGAGGCCAGAAAGCUUCUAACGUUGGGAGCUGAUUCUACAGUGGUCGACUCGGAGCUUGCGACUCCUCUGCACCUUGUUUGCAAGAGUGACUACGACCGAUGCGACAUGGCCAAGCUGUUGUUUGACAUGAACCGCCAAAUAUCGCAGAUCAACGCCCGAGACAAAGAGGGAAACUUGCCACUGCACUGUGCUCUAGAAAAGGACAACAUAGAGUUGUUUGAAUGGCUUUUGCGAAAAGGUGCUGAUCCAGGUUUAGCUAACUUCAUGGGAGUUACGGCUCUGCAUCACAUUUGCAAUAAGAAACGCGAAAAGUUCAUCUUAGCGAGGAAGCUAUUCGAUCUCUGUCGACAGCUCAGUCACGAUCAAUAUGGGCCACUACAAGUUAACGUUCAAGAUGUGAACGGCAAUACACCAAUGCACUUAGCAAGUCGCCUCAAUAACAAGCACAUGGUCAAAGUUCUGCUGAGAUACGGUGCGAAACCAAAUAUAGCCGGUAGAACCGGCACUACAGAUCUCCAUUAUCUUGUGAGUCAUGAACAUUGCGAUUACGAAUUGGUAAAGUUAUAUUUCGAAAUCAACGACGUCAAAGAGGACCCGGUGCAAGUCAAUGUUCAAGACAUAAAUGGAAAUACUCCAUUGUAUCUGGCGAUGUCGAAGGAUCACAGAUACGUGGUGGAAUUGCUGGUGAGGCGUGGCGCCGACCCAAAUUACGUCAAUAACGAUGGAUUGUCGGUUCUGCACUGGCUCUGCAAGAGAGCAAGCAAGAACAAACUCAUCGACGAUCAUUUAGAGAAGCUAUUUUUCCAUCCAACGGACUUCAAGAGGAUAGAUCCAAAUGCGUCCAACAAAAGAGGAAUGACUCUUUUGCACGCUCACUGCGGAAAGUAUAGCGAAUUGACACAGAUAUUGUUUAAGAUUAUGGAUGAUAAGAAGAUGACAGUAGAUAUCAACGUUCGGGACGUUGCGUGUAACACUCCAUUGCACUAUGCAUUACGCCAUGAGUGCAAAAAACCAAUAAUCGAGCUGCUGCUGAAUCGAGGCGCAGAUCCGAACGCAGCCAACAUGUACAGAGAGACACCUCUGCAUUGGAUCUGCAAAAGAAGCUUACUUCAGCGCGACGAUAAGGAAGACUUAAUGGACCAAUUUUUCCGAUUAAACGACGAGAGAAAGCAGAUCGUGCAGCUGGAUAUUGUGGAUGCACGCGGGAUGACACCGCUGCAAUGGGCUGUUACUAAUCUUAGACCCGAUAUGGUGGAGACGCUUUUGACACGAGGUGCCAAUCUGGCUAACUUUACUUUUCCGAAUUAGUGCUUUGCCG